AUGAAGUUCACAAACAUUGUUCUGGCUGCCAGCGCCGCCACCGUGGCCUGCGCAUACCCCCGAGGAAGGGACACUGUCCCUAACAAGCAGAGCGCUGAUAUUAAGAAGCGUGCAAAUGGAUUCACCUGGCUCGGUGUGAGCGAAUCCGGUGCCGAAUUCGGCGAGGGCAACAUUCCCGGUACUCUGGAAAAAGACUACACCUGGCCCAAGACUUCCCAGAUUCAGAUCCUCAGGGAUGCGGGCAUGAACAUCUUCCGUGUGCCCUUCUUGAUGGAGCGCCUGGUGCCAACCACCAUGACCGGCACCCCGGAUGCCACUUACCUGGCCGCCCUUAAGUCUACUGUCAAGUUCAUUACCGACAGCGGUGCCUAUGCCGUCCUUGAUCCCCACAACUACGGAAGAUAUGCUGGCAACAUCAUCAGCUCGACCUCCGAUUUCAAGGCCUUCUGGAAGACCGUUGCUACUGAGUUCGCCACCAACGAGAAGGUCAUCUUCGACACCAACAACGAGUACCACGGCCUCGACCAGACCCUCGUCUUGGACCUGAACCAGGCCGCCAUUAACGCUAUCCGUGCCGCUGGCGCCACCAGCCAGUACAUCUUCGUCGAAGGCAACGCCUGGAGCGGUGCCUGGUCCUGGACCGACAACAACGACAACCUGAAGGCCCUUACCGACUCCGAGGACAAGAUCGUCUACGAGAUGCACCAGUACCUGGACGGCGACAGCUCCGGCACCUCUGAGACCUGCGUCAGCAGCACCAUCGGCAAGGAGCGUCUCCAGUCCGCCACCGCCUGGUUGCAGGAAAACAACAAGAAGGGCUUCAUCGGCGAGUUCGCAGGUGGCGUCAACAGCGACUGCCAGGCUGCCGUCGACGGCAUGCUCUCCUACAUGACCGAGAACAGCGACGUCUGGAUGGGCGCCGAGUGGUGGUCCGCCGGUCCCUGGUGGGGAUCUUACAUGUACAGCUUGGAGCCAAGUGACGGCCCUGCUUACUCGACCUACCUUCCCAUCCUCGAGAAAUACUUCGUCGACGGCACUGCCUCGGCCCCGGCUUCAUCUUCUUCCUCCGCCCCCACCUCUACCAAGUCUGCUGCCCAGACAUCGACCACCACCGCUGCUAUCGACGUCACCAGCACCCCCAGCAGCAACGUCCAGGCCCCUAGCUCCGUGGUUGAGCCGUCCAGCUCGGCCUCCGCUCCCGCCCAGACUUCCGCCCCUGUCGCUCCUGUUGUCCCUACUACCACCACUGUCACCCCUACUACCCUCGUCAGCGCCACCUCCACUUCCACUGCCAAGCCCAAUGCUCAGGUACCUACCAACAGCCCCUCUACUGGAAAUGUUGCUAAGCACUACUACCAGUGCGGUGGUAUCAACUGGACUGGCCCCACUGUCUGUGAGACUGGCACCACCUGCGUCAAGCAGAACCCUUACUACUACCAGUGCGUUGCUUAA